AUGUACCCCAACAUUACUUACAUUGAUCCCAAAUGAAUACCGAUGUGUGCCUCAUUUCCUGACCAAAGCCUUAACAUCUCUCGUAAAUUUGUCAGCCAUGUUCUUCACCCUGACACGAACAUGAUGCUCGUGUACUUUUUGCUUGCCCCACAUUUGAAAGUUUCCCACUUGCCAGUCGUCUCCUUACCUCCAAAAUCGGCCAUACCCCAUUUUAGGACCUUAAGCUUGUGGGCGCAAGCCUCCCCCGCUCCAUAACUGUUUUAAAAUUAGUAGGGGGCGAGGAGGUGAAAGCGAGGGGCGGCCCUCCUGCGCUCGGAAUGGAGGUGAGCGGACGAGACGAUGGUGAUCCUCCAUGGCCAGGAGGAAAGAAAUUAAACUGCAACAAUAACAGAAAAAAUGACUGCAGAAUUGGAUCCAGAGGCACUUGGAAAGAAGCUUCUAGACCUCUGUCUUUCUUCAAGUCCAGACCUCACAGAAGUGGAACGAUUAAUUGCUGAGGGAGGAUUGGUUGAUUUUGUUGAUGGUGACAUGAAAACCCCUCUUUUUUUAGCUGCAGAUCAAGGUAAUGAACAGCUAGUUGAAUUGCUCUUGAAGAACAAAGCCAAUGUUAACUAUCAGAUUGAGAGUUUCGGUUGGUCACCGCUCCAUACCGCUAUACAAUCAAAUCAUGAAAAGGUUGUGCAUUUAUUACUGGAGUAUGGGGCAGACCCACAUCUCAGGAAGAAAAAUGGAGCCACACCUUUCAUUAUUGCUGCGAUAAUUGGCCAAGUGAGAGUGCUCCAGCUGUUUCUGUCCCAUGGUGCAGAUGUCAAUGAGGCUGAUGCCAAUGGCUUUACUGCCUUUAUGGAAGCAGCAAUAUAUGCCAAGGAGGAUGCCCUACGUUUCCUGUUUGAUCACAAAGCGGAUGUCAACAAGCACAGGGAAGUGCCUGAUGCCAAAAAAAUGGUGUGCAGGGGUGGAAAGACUGCACUCAUGAGUGCUGUGGAGAAAGGCCACGAAAAUAUUGUUAACAUCUUGUUAGAUGAAAUGUGCGCAGAUGUUAAUGCAGUUGACAACCUUGGCAGAACAGCUUUAAUUUUUGCUUUGAAGGAACGCAACAAGUCAAUUGUGGAAACUCUGUUGAAACAUGGGGCUUGUGUAAACAACACAGACAAUAACAAAGAAACCCCUCUGAGCACUGCUUUGAAAAAUGUUAAACCGGACAGUAAUAUGGUGGAAAUGCUAAUAAAAUAUAAACCAGAUAUAAACAUUCCAGACCAAGAUGGGAAAACACCCCUGAUUCUUGCAAUAGAAAAUAAGUUCACAAAUGUGGUUGAACUGCUCCUGGAGGAUUACAAUGCUGACAUCAACGUACAAGACAAAUCCGGGCAGAGUGCCCUCAUGGCAGCAGUGAAUAAGGAUAAUGCCACGUUGACUAAAAGGUUGUGUGAAAGGGGAGCUGAUGUUUCCUGCACUAAUGCUGCCGGGUAUACACCUAUAAUGGUGGCCAAAAGACUGUAUGCUACUGAAAUUAUAACAAUAUUGAAGCAGUAUGAUUCAAUGAAUAUUAAACCAAAUGUAGGAUCUUCUUCCAAAUGGAAAAAGUGCAGUAAACGUUGGCAUACAAAACUGGAGAAACUGCAGAAAGUUGUAUGUGCUCCUAUUGGGAACCUUAAACUGUUUAGGAAUGAUGAUUUUAAGAUCACCACAAACAACAUACCUGAGGUCUAUCUUGGUUUCUAUAAUUGUGAGACUGAGGUGGCAGUGAAAUUCCACAGUAGGUUCAGUGAAAAACCCUCAACGGAAAAGUGUUGCCUCACAGAGCCGAAGAUCAAAGCAAGCAAUCUGUUUGUUAAACUGGUGGCUUGUGAAACAGACGACUAUUGUGAAUAUCUGUGCCUGGAUCUCUAUGAGUAUAAUCUGGAAGAAUACGUGCGUCAGCAACCUAAAAAAAUUAAACUGAAACGCCGAGAUAUUAUGCAGCAGUUGGUCAAGGCGCUUCAGAUAUUGCACACAGCCAAGUUCGCACACCGGGAUUUGCAUCCGUCAAAUGUCCUCAUAGAUGUUGAAAACCGUAUACACCUGGCAGAUUUUGACCAGAGUGUGUGUUUUGAUAACAAUCCAACUGUGAAGAUAUCCGAAGGGACCUGGGAGGCAUCCGAAAUCCUUCAGAAACUGAAACAACCGCAAACACCAACUUUUGAAGCGAGUGAGCUAUUCAAAGCAGAUCUACAGGCUUUGGGACGGCUACUGCACUUUCUAGUAACUCAAGGAAAAGACCCUUAUAAGAGUGAUGAUGAUUUGUGUGAGAAUAAGCCAUCCCUUGACGAGGAAUUGUACAACCCCAGGAAUGCUGAAGUCCGAGAUUUCAUAGAGGGGUUGCUAGCUCCGGCGGAGACCCGGAUUACGCUCCAGGAGGCUGAGCAACAUCCGUACCUGUGGAAAGAAGCAGAGAAGAGCAAGUUUGUCCAAGACCUUGCCAAUGAAGAUGAUGUAGCAAAACGGAAAAAGGAUAGUGAGCUAGUAGAGAUUCUGAAUGAGGCCGGCGAGAACGAGGAAAGAUCAUUUCACAAGUGGACAGCAGAGAUAGACACGGAAGUUUUGGAUGACAUGAACAUGGGUCAAAGAAAGAAGCCGAACAUGGGUCAAAGUAAGAAGCCAAAUGUGAAAAAUGUUUACAAAGACACCACCAAUGAUCUCCUGAAAUUCAUAAGAAAUUUGACCCAACAUUUCAAUGAAAAAGAUGAAAGUAUCAAGAAAUUAGUUGGAAGCCCAGAGACGUAUUGGCUUUGCCGUUUUCCAGAUUUCAUAAUCUCGCUGUACAACGCUGUGAAGGACACUCAAUGGAACCACCACUUUCCAAACCAACAACCGCAGCUCCUGCUGCCAACGCCGUCUCCCUCUGGUGGUGCUGCACAAGACUGUUGA